AAAGCAAAUGACGAAACUACCGCCUACCGGCAAACCCCAACCCCACUCCCCAGCAACCCCAUCUGCCACGCUCUUCCUGCCAUUGCCAUUGCCAUUGCCAUUGCCGAGGUAUCACUUUCCUUCCCAAAUCCCACCACUGUUCUAUCACUCAAAAAAUCCAUCAACAGUUCAACACCGCGACAACCCGGCCAUCUUCAACACCCAUGGCAUCUUUUCUAUCAUCUUCUUUUCUACCCUUGACGUCCCCAAAUUCUGCUGCUAUCCACAUUCCCAAAUGCAGAACCAAGACCUGCCGCCGAAGAACAACACUCCUACCGCCGCCCGUUACAGCUUCUUCAUCUUCCACCGGCAAUUCUUCACCACAACUGCCCAAGUUGGUCACUUUCCUCGGGAAAGGAGGCUCCGGCAAGACCACUUCCGCUGUUUUCGCUGCUCAGCAUUAUGCACAGAGCGGGCUAAAUACGUGCCUGGUAAUACAGACCCAGGACCUAUCUGCCGAUCACCUCCUCAACUGUAAGAUUGGAACUUCUCCCAUUCGCUGCAAUCAAAACCUUUCCGCUGUUAGGCUGGAAACCACCAAAAUGCUUCUUGAGCCUCUCAAUCGACUGAAGCAAGCUGAUGCUCAACUUAACUUAACUCAAGGUGUUCUUGGAGGGGUGGUAGGGGAAGAGCUUGGGGUGCUUCCUGCCAUGGAUUCUGUUUUUGGUGCAUUUGUCCUUGAGAGGCUAGUUGGAUUCUUAACAGAUUUGAAGCAGAAGGACAAACAUGAGCAAAGAUAUGACAUUAUAAUUUAUGAUGGAAUUAGCUCCGACGAAACUCUGAGGAUGAUAGCUGCUGCAUCUAAGACAAGGUUAGGUGAAUUCCUUGUCCUUGAGAAGGUCUUGUUGAUUAGUGGUAAGCAUCAUGCUGAUAGCUCUGUGUGUGCUAGAUUGUAUUUGAAAUAUGUGAGGAACAUGGCUGAGAAGACGGAUCUCGGGAGGUUGGCUAGUCCUUCUGUAUUGCGACUGCUUGAUGAAGCGCUGGAUUUAAGUGGUAGGAGUUCCCACUUGAACGGGCCUAGGAGUUCUGAAAUUUGGGACAUUCUGGAAAAGAAGUUGGAGAAGGGGUCUUCUGUGUUUGCUGAUCCCAAUCGAUUUGGUUGCUUCCUAGUUAUGGAUCCGAACAAUCCAGUCUCGUUGAACUCUGCAUUACGUUAUUGGGGGUGUGCAAUCCAGGCUGGUACAACUGUUUCAGGUGCCAUUGCUUCAGCAUCUUCCCCGUGCUUGAGUGAUGAAUCAUUGAUGGAAGAAGUUAAGCAGAAGUUUUCGCCUUUGCCUUACGCAUGCCUUCCGAACUUAUCAAUGAAUCAUCAUCCUUUGACUUGGGAUUCAAUCAUGCAUAGUACCUCACCCAACCAUGAGGCAAGGGCGUUGUUUUCAGCAGCAAGUGAUCUCAGUAGUAGUAGUAGUAGUAGUAGUAGUAGUAGUAGUAGUAGUAGUAGUAGUAGUAGCAUAACACCACCAGUGAUGUUUGAUGCUGCGAAGAAAUCUGUCACCCUUUUCAUGCCAGGUUUUGACAAGUCAGAGAUUAAACUAUACCAAUAUAGAGGAGGUUCAGAAUUGCUGGUAGAAGCAGGGGACCAGAGGCGGGUGAUUCUUCUGCCACCUAAAAUCCAAGGGAAAGUUGGAGGUGCCAAGUUCAUUGACAGAAGUCUGGUGAUCACUAUGCGAUAGCUGCCCUUAUUUGGAUUGUAUAAUUACUGAUUGUUACGUGUCGAUCUCCACUCGAGUAAUGUACUUGUUCUUACCCUCAGCAAGUUGGAAGCUGAUAUAGUUACUUAUUGCAAAAGGAGGAGACCAUAACAGGGAUCUUCAGAGACUAGAAAAUACCUUCCACAAGUUGGAUUUUUU